CCGGUGUCAAAAAACAACCGCUUUAAAACUUAACUAAAAGUUAGGACUGGGAUGCCGCGGAUGAGUUCUGAUGUCGUCGCAGACGCCCCGCUAGGAUUGUGACUUUUUUUUGUGUUAUUUUAAAGAUUGUUGGUCGACAGAGCUGCUGUGAGACGACAAUGAUGAAACGAACACUGAGGAACCAUCGCAGCACAACUUCAAACAUGGCCGUGUUUCAACAUAUAACGCCCUGGAUCGAGGAACUGAUCCUCAGCUAUGGAACUGAGAACAGACGUACUGCUGGUGACGGUGGCUCCUUCAUGGCCCAAAUCGUGAAUGUGGGACAAAUGCCUCUGUCCCAGACUCAGUGCUCUGCUGGUUUCACCGGACUCAUCUUCCUCUCAGACAGUGUGCUCCAGAUCCCAGCUGUACUGACCUCCUCCUGCUGGGGGGGUCUACAGGACCAAUGCGACCUGGAGAGCAUCAGCAGCCUCUUAAACGCCAUUGUGUGUCUGCGUGAUUACGAGCUCCGCUUCCACCUGUCAGCUGCGAAGAGUAAAUGUCGCUUCUACCUGACUGUGGCUGACCUGUUGAUGCUGCCGUCUUGCCAGGUCAGAGGGGUCGUCUCCUGCACCGUGUUACCGAGAUCGGUACUUACGAAGAUCGACGAGGUGUGGCGGAAUCUGCAGACUCAGGAACUGACAGCAGAGGAGGAGCUGGAGAACCAGGAACUGACGCUGCUGCUAAAUGAGUGGAGCUGUGACGUGUCAGCAGAGGCGCUGGAUCACGUGAGGAAAAAACUGGCAGCAAACAGAGGUCGUCUGAGGCUGCGACCUUCGACCUCCUCUAAAACCCCAGGUCCACCUUCAGCUUCAACUCCCACAGACUGGGAACGGGAUCGGAUCUUGUUUAAGAACCACAAACUCUUCAGUGUCCCUGUGAAAUGUCUCAUCAUACCUGAAGAGGGCGCUCCACAGCUUCAAACACCUGCCUCACCUCCUGCAGAAGUUUCCGUCAGUCCAGAGAACCCUGAGGGAUGGACUGAGGAGGUGACGUGGCCUGUGGCUGACAGCCGGCUUCUAGCCUUCACCAAUCCCUGGGACAUGUUCCCUCCUCCCUGCAGCGCCUCCUCCAGCAACACCUCGAUAUCGUCACUAACUGACCAACCAUUACUGGAAACCAGGAAACCCAGGAUACGUCUCUGUCCGUAUCGUCCGUCUCAGACGUCCUCAGGUACGACGUCGGUGACGGACAUAAAAACAAGUCAGGCCGUCUGUUGCCUGUUACCUGUUGCCACCUCAUCCAAGGCCCAGUCCAAAGCUAAUACCAGACUGAGGAGCCCUCAGCUUCCUGUCCCCAACCCCAGGUCGUCAGUGUCGACAUCGGUGAGCAGCAGAGAUGAGUCCUUAUCCUCGUCCCAGAGACCACCACUGGGACCCCCAGGCCAACACCUCUCACCUGCUUCCCCCGAGCCACUGACUUCUGCGGCUGCUACUGGUGCUGGUCCCGACCAGGAGGUGGCACCAGAGCCAAGAGCCUCAAAGAGGAAGAAAGGUGAUGCUCCGGAGACGCCAUCUUGGGAUUUGGAAAAACCUUCAUGCUCGAGUACCCAAAAGGAAAGUAACGAGAAAGGGAAGAAUGGGAGCAUGAGGGGCACUCCCAGAGGUCAAGUUCAUCCCUGCGGCGCCCCCUUCAGCUACACAUACAAGACUACUACACAGAACAUCCAGGACUUUAAGAACUUCAAAGUGGAAAAGUCUGUGCUGUACUGGGCCAUUAGGUACCUGCUCAAUGAAGGUGAAGGGUCGACCAACGACCACAGCUGUGACUGAGGUCAACAGGGUCCUGACAGUGGGCUCUAAAGAAUCCAGAUUUGUUGGUUCAGAGUUAAAAAGAACAAUGUUAAUAAAGUGUGUAUCAGUU